CUUUGUAAAGGAGGUGAUUACUAACGACGCGAUGUGGAAAUGUUUCUGAAAUGAAAAUUGUUUGCAAAUUAAUUUCGUGUCGAAAGAGAAAAAACUUGAGAUGGAGGAACCGUCGAAAACAAAAAGCCUCUUUGAACAAAUGAAUGUCGGAGUUUUGAAAUACUUAGAGAACAAGACAGGUGUGUGUAAGCUAGAGUUGGAACCCAGAAGACCAGCAGAUAGACCAAGCAUAUUGGCCUGGGAACAGAAAAAUACUGUGUUUUUACCUGAAGAUUUGAAGAGCUUCUAUUUGACAUCUGAUGGUUUUUUGUUGACAUGGUGUGUUAAAAUUGAAAAUGGACCAGUUCCAGUUGGACGUAUGUAUCUCAACAGUGUAAGCAAGAUGAUGAAGUUUGGUGGGCCAGCAAACAAUACUUUAGUCAAUCCUAGUUUAGCUGACCUUGAUGCUGAUUCUGAUGCUGAGGAUGAAACUUCAGGUACUGAGAAGCCUACAUUUGAUAGUCGCUGUAAGAUAUUCGAGCUAGAUCCUUGUGAUGGGUAUGGAAAGGUCUGCCUUGUAUAUAAGGAAAACAAAACAGCUCCAGAUUAUAAAAAGUCAGCUGACAUUGUGUCAAAGGUGUAUACCUCAGAUUAUAUGACAUAUGGUGGAACAGAUCCCAAAAUUGAAGUAUGGUUCCUGGAUCGAGCUUUACGCUGGCACUACAUUGCAGACUCAUUCACCGCGUAUUACCGGCUGAUGAUCAUGCAUCUUGGAUUGCCUCAGUGGCAGUAUGCCUUCACAGAUAUUGGACUCUGCCAGCAGGCAAAGCAAUGGUUCAACAUGUAUGCACCUCUUCGACUUGAACUUGAUGCUGAACUUGGCAUGCCUGGUAUUAUACGAUCGGAAUCAAACACUUCAACGACCCAGAUUGAUGUUGGAAAAGUUUUCAAAGGAAAAUCUGAUAAAAAAAAGCCUGUUCCAGCACAGACACAGUCACAACAGUCACAGAGUCUCAGGAAGAAACCGACAGUAGCAUCAGCAAAGGUUGGUCAACCACCAGGCUUAAAAUCCAGUGGCUCAUCAUCACAGCUAGCAGGGAAGAAGUGAUCAUGGUUCCAACAAUAAGUUUUAUGGACCAAACUUCAAUCACAAAAUGUGAUUAUACAAAGAACCAGUCUGGUCAAAGCUGUAAAAGAUCAGUUCCAUUGUUCCAUUUGUUGUUUGUGCAGUGAAAGAAAAAGUGGUAGAUAUUGACAAAAUGACACAUUUCUGGUUUUUGUAAGUGUAGUUUUGAAAUGAAAGAGAUUGGUGGACCAGCACAAAUAUUCAUUUAGCUGGUACUUGUACUGUUAGUAAUAGUUGUAGUAUGUGUGAGAGUGUGUUACCAGGAUAUAUCAGAGCUAAGGGUACAUCGAGGGUAUUUUUCUCUGCACAUAUGUCGAGGCUGGUAGGCUGAGACAGAUAUGUGCAGAGAAAAAUACCGAGAUAUACCCCUAGCUCCGAUAUAUCCUCAUAACAAACGAGCAUUACAUAUUGUAACUGUUUUAUCGCAUAGUUUUAUCAUUAAAAUUUAUAUAAUAUAAUCAUAUAAAUUUGUUUAUUAUUAUUUUUACUCUUUUGAUUCCCUUUCUGCGCCUCGUUGACUGAAACACUAAAACUUCUGUUUUAGAAAAUGUGUUCCCCAGAUAAAAGUAUCCAACAGAUUUCUGCAUUGGUUUUAAAUCUUUGCAUUUCAUUGGCCAAACAUAUUGUAAAACUUGUUGUUUUGUUUGUAAAAAAAAAAAAAAAAUCAAAGAAAAAGAAACAUUUGAGAAAUCUCAGAAUUUCAUAUAUUUCAUUUAUUUCUGAAUUUGGCAAUAACUCGAGUUUUUGAAGUAUUCUAGUUUAUUUAUUCUUUUGCUCUAUAAAUGUAGGUGUUUGUGAUAAUUCUUUCUCUGUGAACUGUAAAUUGGAGCUAAAAUCAUCUUUUCUUUGAAAGGAAAAAAUUAUACUCCCUCGAUAGGACCUCGUUAGAGAAAAAGUGUUGCGAUAUAUAUCGGAACAGUUUUACUGUGCUGAUAUAUAUCACAACAGUUUUUUUUCUAAUGAAACUCUAUAGAGAUUUCUGUGUUGAUAUAUAUCGUAACAGUUUUGUAAAAUAUCAGCACAAAUUUUGUAGUAAUAAUUCUAAAUAUUUCUGUACAGUAUGAUAGGGGAAGGAGAUUUAUGUCAGCUUGUAAGAAUAUCUCAUUCAAUACCAUGUGCAUAAUUAUUUGGAUCAUGUUAUGUUAUUAUUAUUUAAACACGUUAUAUUUGGAGAGCUCCUUCUUAAGACAAAAUGUGUUUAUUUUUGUUUGAUUAUCAUUAUAAUACCCUCAUUCGUUUUCAUUUUUAUUUUGGUGUAUUUAUGAAAUGGUCUUAACCUUUCUCGUUGUGAGAAUAUACAGUACCAAUGUCAAUGUGUCUAAUGUUUGUUUUUGUUUUCUGAGCUUGAGUUGUUGUUCUUUUUUCCAAGAAAUAUAUCAAUGUUGUCAUCAUAUGUACAAAGCAUACCUGCAUGCAAGUUCAACUUGGUAAAAUUCACUGCUCAAACAUCAGUGGAACCAUCAGAUCUGAUGAAUCUAUGGUCAGUCUAAGGAUCAAUAGUAUUAUUUUUAGUAAUUCUUGACAGCAAAAAAUCAGAUCUGUAGCUGUUAAUUGACUAUUUAAUGAUAGGACACAGAAUGUAUUAGUUAUUGUAUGCCCAUGGCAUAGAGGUUAAUUACUAGUUGAUAUGCAAAUCAAAAGUGUAUGCUUAGAAAUAAUUAUAAGGAAAUUGUGAAUCAUAUAUUAGUUCAGAGAUGACCAUGGGGUCAUUUCUGAUAAAGUCUCUACAGAAGAAAAUGUUCUCAGGUGAAAUGAAGUAGAACAUUUGCAAAUAGUGUCUCUGAUUGUUAUAUGUCUAUUUUAUUUUUAUUGUAUGUUUUAGCUCACCUGAACCAGACUAACACAUUUCUUAAGUGGCAUCUUCAAGGGCACAGAGCUUUUAAGUCCUGAUUUCUUGUCUUGAUCAUAUCUUUGUGCAUUUCAGCACCGUUUUUCAUAAACACAGUUGUUACCAUUCAUGAUACAGUGUGUCAAAGAUAUAUUCAAGGUCAAAUAGUCAGGGUCAGGUUAGCGAUUUAGGGCCACUAUGGCCCUCUUGUUUGUAUAAUUAAAAUGUGUGUUAAAUGUGUAUAUAAGUUUAAUUAGGUUAAACCAUUAUGCCUGUGAUACAAGUACUUUUAUAGAUAAAAAUUAAUAUGUAAAAGCAGAUAAAUAAAUUCUAAUAACUG